UGAGUGGCAUGCACUUGCUUAAAAUAAUUUAUUGAAAAUAGGAAAGUCCAAAAAAAAAGUCCGAAUCCAUGCAUGCAUUAUAUAAUUUGUGCAUUUCUAUUUUCUUGGCCAGCCCAAAACUCAACAAUGGAGGAAAUCAUAGCCAGCGGCACCACAAACCUCACGGCGGAAGCCACCGACUCCGGCAGCUCGACGGAGCAACACGACCGCCACAAGCGACGGAGGCUGCAGGAAAAUCCCGUCCCCGCCAGCAACGCCGCCGCCCCCGCCUCCUCCUCGAGGUUCAAGGGCGUCGUCGCGCAGCAAAGCGGCAACUGGGGGGCGCAGAUAUACGCCAACCACCAGAGGGUGUGGCUCGGCACGUUCAAGACCGAGGAGGAGGCCGCCUCGGCCUACGACAGUGCCGCCCUGCGCCUCCGCCGCGGCGACGCCCACCGCAACUUUGCGUGGACCCGCCUCACCCUCCAGGAGCCCUCCUUCCAGAGCCAGUUCCAGACCGGAGAGCUCCUGAAGAUGAUCAAGGACGGGUCCUACGCCCAGAAGUUCUCAGACCAUUGCACGCGGCUCGCUGCUGCUGCUGCCCAGGGCGGUCAGGCGAGUCUGACCGGCCUGGCGGGCAGCAGCGAGCCGGCGUGCUCGGUUCUGAGGCAGCUCUUCAAGAAAGAGCUGACUCCGAGCGACGUCGGGAAGCUGAACCGGCUCGUGAUCCCGAAGAAGUACGCGCUCAAGUACUUUCCCCGGGCGGCACCGCCGCCCUCGGAGAAGGCCGUCGGGGACGCGGACGGCGAAGAGACGGAGCUCGUGUUCUACGACAGGUCGAUGCGGUCGUGGAAGUUUCGGUACUGUUAUUGGAAGAGCAGCCAGAGCUUCGUGUUCACCCGGGGCUGGAACCGGUUCGUUAAGGACAAGGGGGUUAAGGCUCGGGACACGGUUGUUUUCUCGGCUUAUGAGUUCAACAAGGAUGAGAACAGUAAUGGGCCAGGGGCACGUCGGUCAAUUUGCGUGGUAGACGUGGAAUAUAACAAGGACAAUGACAUUAACAACAAGGACCAGAAUAAAGAGACACGGAGGGAAGGAGGGGUAGAAUUGGAAAAGGAAAAUAUGGCCGUGAAAGCAGCCGGAUUCACUCUUUUUGGUGUACAAAUUGUCUCAUGAGUUGGGUUCCGGGGUAACUAGUAGUUAGGUUGACUUCUAUUUCUCACCUUCCAAAAUGAAUUUUUAAUUUCAUUUUUUUAUUCUCUCAAAUAUGAGGACUUUGAAAGGUUAGUAAAAUUUAUAUUUUUACAUUUUUCAAUAUUAGAAAGUAGGAAAUACAUUUUGUAAAUUUAGUUUAAUCAAUGAUAUUAUGUUUU